AUGGAGAGUCAGGAAGCAGCUGUCGUUGCAUUGGCUCUGGAGUAAGAGGGGCUGCGCUUCCUGAACAUCACUGUGGGCUCCCUGCUGGCUGUCUAUGGCUGGUACAUGGUUUUUGGCUGCAUCCUCCUGUUGGCCGUCUUUCAGAAGCUCUCCACCUGGCUGAGGGCUUCCAGGCAGAGGCAGCCAGACAGGGUGGCAGCUCGUGUGGAACCCGAUGAUGCUGUGAGACGACAGGAGUCUUUAGCAGCCAUUCGCCUGAAAAUGCAGGAAGAAUUAAGUGCCCAAUUGAAAAGGCACAAGGAAAAACUACGACAGCAAGAGAAAAGGAGAAGGAAGAUUGAAAUGUGGGACAGCAUGCAAGAGGGAAGCUACUGAGGCCAUGCCUGGAAGCCCCAGGAAGAAGACAGCCCAGAGCCUUCUACUUUAUUUAUUUAUUUUUAA